ACAGGUGUGUCUCAAUACAUGUACUCCGCGGUCUGCCCUGCAUUCGGUGAUUAGUCGUACGCCAAGUACAAUUGCCUGUUUUUCGGUAUAUUUUCCUCUGAUCUGUGGAGAAGGCAUCAAAGAGAAGGCAUAAAAAUGCAGUAUUUGAAGAUUGCCCUGGCAGUUGUGGCCUGUCUGUUAGGCGGAGUUUCAGCCCAACUUGAUGGAUGCAAUCCCGAUCCAUGUGAGAGGGGGACGUGUGAAGCUUCGAUUGACCAAUACAUAUGCCAGUGCCCAGAAACGAGUGCGCCAUUUUAUUACGGCCCUGACUGCAACAUACUGACGGGAGCUGUUAUUUGUCCCGGUGGCCACAUCUACGAGACAAACCAGGUACGGACAUAUAACAACCUCCCCCAUCGGGCUAACUGUUUUUACCUCGUCGCUAUCCCCAACGCUGCUUACAUCGAAAUCGAGUUCCUCAGCUUCGACGUCGAAACAGCCAAAGACGAGGUGGUUAUCGGUUCUGGUCCGACGGUUGAUGAAUCCAGGACAAACAUCGCCGACAUCGAAAUCCUUGACAAUAGCAGAUCCCCGAUCAACAAUCCGGAUUUUCCCAAUAACAUCGUAACCAUCAGCGGAUCACGAGCAUGGAUAAGUGUCAAUACUGACAAAAAUGUUAUGAGCCCUGGUUACUCGUUCAGAGUUUUGGCAGAAACCUUGGAUUGCGUGUUGGAACCCUGUCAAAAUGGUGGCACUUGUAUUGACUUGACGAACGCCUUUGAAUGCAAUUGCCCUGCCGGAUAUACUGGCGAUCUUUGUGAAAUUAAGCUUGAUUUCUGCAACAGCAACCCGUGUGUGAAUGGAGGCACUUGUACGGCAGACAACUUCGGGUACACGUGUGACUGUGUGGCCGGAUGGACCGACGUGAACUGCCAAACUAAUAUCAACGAGUGUCUGAGUAUGCCCUGCCUUAAUGGAGCCACCUGUAUUGACGGAAUUAAUCAAUGGUCGUGUCAGUGUGCAUCACAGUAUACCGGAGAAACUUGCCAGAUCUCCCUGGACCCAUGUGGAAGUUCGCCAUGUUAUAACGGAGCAACGUGUACCAACGCUGGGUUGGAUUACGUAUGUGAAUGCGCCCCAGGUUUCGCCGGAGUGAAUUGCGAAAUAGAUAUUAACGAGUGUACCAGUCUUCCUUGUCAGAAUGGAGCUACUUGUAUCAAUGGAAUUGCCCUGUAUACCUGUCAAUGCCGACAAGGUUUCUCUGGAAUCAACUGCGAAGAAGUUGGAUUCUGUGAUCUUGAGGGUGAAUGGUACAACGAAUGCAACGACCGUGUAACUGUCACUCUUACCUCAACGGGUAUGAUACUCGGUCACUACUCCAGCAACAUUGGCCUUCUUACUGGCUAUAUGGCCCCGAAUGUGAUGGUGGGAUAUGCCGACCAGGCCUGUGACUUUCCUUCCUUCGGGUUCGUCGUGACUACUGACAACGGCAAGUCUACGAGCAGUUGGUCUGGACAGUGUCACCUAUGUGGUGGAGAAGAGGUUCUCUACACUACCUGGACCAACACUCAACGGGUCUCAACCUGCGUCGAUAUCAAGAAGGCUACAAGUAUCGGGCAAGACCGAUGGACUCGCUACAAACAGAGCCAGGCUCCUCGUGAGGGCAUCUAGUCCAGGAACAGGACCAAUUAUUAAUUCACAGUUUUUGUUAGCCCACGUAUAAACAACCUUUAAGCAAGGUCCUCUUGGUUAAUUACCCUCGAACUUUCAUCAAAGGUUCAAAACAUUCCCGCUAUCUUCCUACAAAAGAUACAUCGUAAAAUGCACGUUCUUCAUUUGUCCGUACGUCUGAUAUAUAUUGGUCUGCUAAACAUUUCUUUUAUCAAAGAAAAACAAUAUUACUCGAUGCCUGUAUACGAUUCCUCAAGGGCGAAAAUUCUGAAUUUUUCGCAAUUGUAUAGAUGUUUCACAGAAUCAUUUACAUACAUUUAUAUGUAUGUUAUUUGUUGGAUGUGGACUUUUGAUAGGCAAAUAAGAGGGAUAAGCAACCAAGAGGACAUCACUCAAAGUUUUUUUCUUUAUAUGUAUGCCUCUGUGGUGCUCGGUAAGGAAGAGAAGGAUGUAUGGUGACCCGGUCGGGGAAAGGGUGGUUAUCAAUUGUCAUCCAUGUCAUCCAUCUUGUAAAUAAAACUCUUUCCAAACAAAUUGCAGCUCUCACGUUACUUUUUAGACAUUAAACAUUUCCCUGCAAACAUUGAUGGCAUUCAUUCGCCUUAGAGCAAUUGGUUAAAUAUUUAAAUUCUGGUGCUGCCCUAAAAUCUCAGAAACCUAUUUUCAAUUAUGAUGACCCUUUCUACAUGGCGUCAUUUAUGCACUGCUUUUUAAGAGUGCGACCAUUCUCGUUGGUUCAAAUAAUCCAGAGUAUUGUGUUUCUGUAAACACUUAAUAAAACAUUUUUUUUUACUCAGUCUGUUCGCUAUUUGUAUUUACUUUUAAAGGGGAAAUGGGUAUCUUGAACAGAAAUCAAUUCUAAUAAACUAAAGUAGAAUCCUGUCUUUUAUUAAUGCCUUUCGUAGAUCUUGAUGAGAAAAUGGUUAUAUAUUUUUUGUGGUAUGUGGUGAUUAUUAAUAUUUGAAAUUUAAUUCGGAGAAUCAAAAAAGAAUAUUUCAGAGAACUUUUCAUAAUAAUUUCAUUGCAACUCUUAGAAAUAAUUAUUGCACCUGAAAAGCUUUACUGGAUAUAAUUCUAAAAGAUUUGAUGAGUUUAAAGUUAUUUUUUUAAUACUUUUUGGUUUCAUCGGGUAUACAUGUACAUGAUUCAUGAAGCGUAUCUUUACAAUCAGUGUUUGUCUUCGUCCAUCUUUUCAUCUUUCUUCUUUCUCUCUCUCUCUCUCUCUCUCUCCCUGUAUGUGUGUGUGUGUCUCUCUCUGUCUCUCUGCCCCCUCUAUUUCUCUCUCUCUCUUACUGUGCAUAUCAGGCUUAUGUCAAUUUCCUUUAAGUAAGUCUUUUAUUAUCAAGUAUACAGUAUAUGUCUUCUAAAUGUCUUCUUUAGAAACAAAAUAUAUACAUGUUUUCUAUUCCAGGUUUGUGCAGGGUCUGUUAGGUCAUAUGACCUUAUAGAAAGGAAACAGUACUAUUUUACAUGAACGUCUAGAAAAUAAACGUCUUUCAUAGCUACGGGAAAUAUUCGAAAUAAAGAAAUUUAAUUUUCUCA